AAGAAAAACAAGGAAGAGAGAGGCUUUGAUAAAAAAACCAAAAAAUGGCAAAGGCUUAUCCAACACGUGUCCUCACGUUUCUGAUGUUGAUCUCGCUAAUGGCGGUGACACUGAACCUUUUGUCCACCGCAGAGGCAAAGAAGCGGAGAACAGAUGUUCCUAUAGUGAAAGGUCUCUCAUGGAACUUUUACCAGAAAGCAUGUCCGAAAGUCGAAAACAUUAUCAAAAAAGAGCUCAAGAAAGUCUUCAAGAGAGACAUUGGUUUAGCCGCAGCCAUCCUUCGUAUACAUUUCCAUGAUUGCUUCGUUCAGGGAUGUGAAGCAUCAGUGCUGCUAGCUGGAUCAGCCAGUGGACCAGGAGAACAAUCAUCAAUCCCGAACCUGACACUACGUCAACAAGCCUUUGUCGUCAUCAAUAACCUUCGUGCCCUCGUCCAAAAGAAGUGUGGUCAAGUCGUCUCUUGCUCCGAUAUCCUCGCUCUCGCCGCCCGCGACUCCGUCGUCCUAUCAGGAGGGCCAGACUAUGCUGUGCCACUUGGCCGACGUGACUCACUGGCGUUCGCGAGCCAGGAAACGACGUUAAAUAACUUACCACCACCGUUCGCCAACGCGAGCCAGCUCAUCGCCGACUUCGCCAGCAGAAACCUCAACAUCACCGACUUAGUAGCACUUUCCGGUGGUCACACCAUCGGAAUUGCGCAUUGUCCAUCUUUCACAGACCGGCUCUACCCGAACCAAGACCCAACCAUGAAUCAGUUCUUCGCCAACAGCCUCAAACGCACUUGUCCCAUGGCAAACUCGAGCAACACGCAAGUGAAUGACAUAAGGAGUCCUGACGUGUUUGACAACAAGUACUAUGUUGAUCUCAUGAACCGACAAGGGCUGUUUACUUCUGACCAGGAUCUGUUCGUGGACAAGAGGACACGUGGUAUUGUGGAGAGCUUUGCUAUUAACCAGCAGCUAUUUUUUGAUCAUUUUACGGUGGCGAUGAUCAAGAUGGGUCAGAUGAGUGUCUUGACGGGGACACAAGGAGAGAUUCGUUCCAACUGUUCAGCCAGAAACACCCAAAGUUUCAUGUCCGUUUUGGAAGAAGGCAUAGAGGAAGCUAUUUCCAUGAUCUAAAUAACCAUAAAUCUCGACCUUUUCUUUUCUUAACUCUGUUUUAAUUCAGUUCGUGGUUGGUUUGUUGAAUGCUUAAAACUAUCUGAUAAAUAAGAACGUUGCUUCAUCUCAACUUUGUUUUGUAGUGUCAUGUUUGUCGAAUGUCUAAGGACUGAUGAUGAAUAAAUAGUGUUUCACCUU